UUACUGCCAUCUGGUGGGCCGGGGUAUGAAACCAACCGACCAGGUUUCAGCCGCGUUAUUCCUGUUCAUUUUGUCAUGGUAAAAAUGACAAAAUCCUUUUUCGUCUAUAUUUGGCUACUGGUUACACGAGGAGAAGCUUUUCAAGCCACGAACUCUCGAAACGUUAAGUUAUGUAGCGCUUUUUAAAAUAUAUCCAAUGGCACUAUAUAACGUACCGCGGCGCUUCCUUCCGUGUUGUUGCAUGUCACGCCACGAUUGGCCGAGCGCGGCUCCGACGUUUUAACUCACACUUCCCUCGCAGUCAAACCGCCGCAGCACAAGACGUGAAGAUGGAGAGCAGCUACUCAUUUAUUGUCAAAUCGCUGGUAUUUUGUCUAUUGUGGUUGCACUAUGAGGCAAGAGAGACGGAGUUGAAAGGGGUCACCUGCGGUUCACUGGUAAAACUCCUGAACACCAGACACAGCGUCCGUCUCCAUUCCCACGAUGUCAAAUAUGGGUCAGGGAGCGGCCAGCAGUCUGUAACUGGAGUGGAGAAUGCAGAUGAUGGCAACAGUUAUUGGCAGAUACGAGGAAAGCCCAACCAUCCGUGUCAGCGUGGGACAGCAAUUAAGUGUGGUCAGGCUAUACGCUUCACACAUAUGAAGACUGGCCGGAACCUUCACACACACCACUUCACCUCCCCCUUAUCAAAUAAUCAGGAGGUCAGUGCAUUUGGAGAGAAUGGCGAGGGCGAUGACCUGGACAUUUGGACAGUGCAGUGCGAUGGCGUGUACUGGGAGCGCAAUGAUGCUGUGCGAUUCAAACAUGUAGGUACCAAUGUUUUCCUGAGUGUGACGGGUGAGCAGUAUGGCCCCCCCAUCAGAGGCCAACUGGAGGUACACGGCAUGACCUCACCAAACCAGCAUAACUGGUGGCAGGUUAUGGAAGGGGUCUUCAUCCAGCCAAGCCAGGAUCCACUCCAUCAAUCUAUCCAUCACAGUGAACUCUGAAAUCAAAACCAGCUAUCACAUAACUUGUCCAUGACUGUGCCAUGGUAAAUUAUUUCUUCUGGGGUUUUUUUUGUUUGGUUUCUCAAGGAAUUGUGUUAAAUUAUCUGUAGUGAUCAUGCAUAGAGAUGGGUAAUCAAAACAGGAUACAUUUUGACAAAAUCCUGCUAUUCGGUGAUGUGUCCGCUGUAUGUUCGACAUGCAAUUAUACAUUAUCACUAAAUCAAUGUUUUUGCUUUCUCUAUUGGGUUCGGGUCCUUUUUUUUUUCUCUGAAAGUACAACAGACUUAUCGUCCUGGUAAUAGAGUAGAGAGGGGCGGGUGAGCAGUCACUCAUUGACCUGAGCCAGGAUAGCCCCUCAAACCCCCUGUGACAGGCACAAACAGGGCUGUCAGAGGGUGUUAACUGCUGUCAUUCUUGACCCUAGUCUAUAUUGACUGAUGCAUGUUACAGACAUUUUAUUAAGACAUUUGGGAACCGGAAAAAUCCAAACAGCGCGAGUCUCUGCUAUGAACCGCAAUUGCAUGUGUUUCACAAAACAUUGGAAUUGUAUAGACAUUUGUAAAUUUAAAAUAAAACGAUACUAAAACAUAAAACAA